UCUGUUUUAUAAUUUUUCAUAAUAUUACUGUUUUUACCAUAUUUUUGAACAAAUAAAUGUAGCCUUGGUUUGAAAAACAUUGAAAAAUAUUUCCAACCCUAAAUGUUUAUUGUAUAUUACAGUACAUUGUAUAAUCAGACAACAUUAUUUUUAAAAUGAAUCUGUUGGCGAAAUAUUAGAUAGUAAGUAAAGUUUAUUUAUAUAGCAUAUUUAUCAGAGGGUUAAAACAUAAAACAAGCAAGACAAACCAUAAAACAGUAAAACAAUAAAAACAUAGAUUAAAUAAAUUAGAAUGCCUGGGAGUAAAGAUAUGUUUUCAACAUCGUUUUAAAAGUUAUAAUAGAAGGUGCAAGGCAGAUGUCCAGUGGCAGUUGAUUCCAAAGACAGUGCGGGAACUCAAAAAGCCCCAUCACCCUUUGUUUUUAAAUGUGAACAAGGGACAGCUAAAAAAGCCCUGUCAGAUGAUGUUAAAGAUCUGGAGGAUGAAAGUGGAGUAAGAAGAUAUGUGAGAUAAGAUGGGGCUUGACCAUUAAGAGCUUUAAAAACAAACAGCAAAAUGUUUAAUUGAAUUCUAAAAUGGACAGGAAGCCAAUGAAGAGAGGCCAAAAUUGGUGUAACAUGAUCAGUUUUCUUUGCCCUGGUCAACAGCCUUGCAGCAGCAUUUUGUACUAUCUGUAAGCGUGCAAUGGAUGACAGAGGAAGACCCAAAUACAAUGAGUUACAGUAAUCAAGUAAUCAAGAAGUAAUAACAGCAUUGCCAAGCUCAUUUAUAAGAACACUUCUCAACUCUGGGGGGCCAAAGACUAUUAUUUCCAUUUUAUCUUCAUUAAGUCGAAGAAAACUAUUGGAUAACCAUUUUUUAAUGUCCCCAAGGCAGGCCAAUAAGGGUUCAAUGGAAUCGCCGGCUUGGUAUCAUCAGCAGCAUAUAAGUGAAAUGAAAAGUUAUGCCUCCUAAUAAUAUCUCCCAACGGUCACAUAUAUAAAUUAAAAAGAAGUGGACCUAAAAUGGAUCCUUGAGGUACUCCACAGAUGAUAGGAGCAAUAGAUCUUUAAUUGUUCAUGCAUGCUAUUUUUAAAUUUAGAUAUUUACCUUAAUUUAAUAGUUCAUACUUUAUCUUUAAAAACACUAUUAACACUAUUAAAAUUUAAUCUUUAGAAAAUCUCAAAAUGAAUAGCCAUUUAUCAUAUUGCCAUUUUAAUAUACACCAUUUAUCGGUUAUAUAUCACAUCACAGCAAUCCCAUAUAGGCCUAAUAUACCUAAAAGAAUAAACAGUUACAAAAUCACGUUAAAAAUUAAAAUGAAUUAAAACCAUUUUACACAUUUUACAAAACGAAAUUAAAUGAUGAAUUCAGAGCAGUAACCUGACAAAAUAAAAAGUGGGCAUCUUAAUCCCAGAUUUAGACAUCUUGCAUGGAGAGUAAAACCUUUCCCAAAUUAAUCUCCUAAAAAUAAGAUUACUGAUUGCUAUGACUAAACUACAGCCUUAAUCAAAUAUCAGUUCUGACUAUUCUAUUAUUCAAAAUAAAGCCUUUAAAAAUUGGAAUAAAGCUUUUUUUUAAUUAUUAUUUAAAUUAGAAUUUGAGAUUUUGUUGAAAUAAACAAUCUCAGUGGCAGAAAUAAAGGGAAAAAUCAUUAAAAUCACCCCUUGUGCUGUAAUUGGCAUUGUUCCGGUCUGGAGAUGACAACUACGAACUAGCAAAUUGCCUAAAACAAAAAAAGCAUCCCCGGUGACCAUGAGCCCUGCAGGGUGUUAAUUGAAAAACGCAAACAAAUGGAGAACCAUAGUGAUGAUGAGGGUUAAAAUAAAGGGGUUUAUUACUACAGGCUCACCAAAAGCAGAAGACCAGAUAUGGAGUGAAAGGCGCGAUUUUAUUCUUAAAUCAAUAUGGAAUUAGCCGCUAAUUGACUGGAGAUGAGAAGUAAUUUCACCAUUGUUCUGGGACAAGUCAACAGCACAUGGCAAUACAAUAUAGAAGUUGCAUUUGUAGCUGCCAAUUGUCUGGUUUUGCUGGUCACUUUGCAUGUAGGAAUUCUCGCAAACUUGUUCGUGGCUUGGGCCGUGCACCACCAGAAGUUGCUCCAGACGUCCAACAACGCUCUCCUGGUGAAUCUGGCCGUUAUUGACAUCUUGCGAUGCGCUAUUGAUUGUCCAUUGCUCCUCAGUGUUGUUUUGAGCGCUCGCGAGGCGCGAGACCUCGGCGUGCUGUUCUGCAGCGCGCAGAUCGCGUCGUUUUCUCUCAUCUGUUGCGUGCAGUUGCUCACGCUGGCGUGCAUCAGCGCCGAGCGAUAUCAAGCCAUUGCACAUCCGUUUAAAAAUGCCGAGCGCCGAAAACGGGUAACGGUGUGGAUCGCCUUGACCUGGCUGCUUCCCAUCUCCAUAUCGGUCAUUUGCGUGAUAUUUGCGAAAGACUCGCCGGCGUACAUCAGAUGCAGAGGUUUGCGCAUGGACACGUUAGACUCGUACGACACGUUUGGAGUUUACAUUUUGACUCCCAUCUGGUGCGUUUGUUUGACGGUCAUCAUUGGUUUCUACGGACGUAUUUUCCUUUUAGUCAGAGCGCACGGUCGGAAAAUAUUCGAUAAGGGUUCGCUUCCACCACCGGAUAAAAAGAAAGAGGAUACAAAGCACAAAAAGGAAGAAACAAAGACUAAUAUUAAAAACGAUGCAGAAAAACCGAAUGAAAAAGAGUCGUGUGUAGAGAAUCCACUGGAUUUGCAUCCAACAUCUGAGGAACUUACCACAACAUUUGGGACUCAUGAGCUUGCCACAGAAAUAUCCAGAGAAACCAAAGUCACCUUAAUAGAUGAACUUUCCAACGAAGCACCACAGGUUCUAGAAGUCAUCGGGGAGCCAAACGACCACCAACCUACUUCAGAAGAAAGCUCUUCUCCAUCAAAUAAUGAAGAAGAUGGUGCGAUAGAGUCAAGCACCCACCAAGAUGCUGAUGGAGAAGCUUCUGUAGGAUCAACCAGUGAAGAGGGUGGUGUGAAACCAGACGUCCAGCAACAUGUUGCUGCAGAAGGUUCUCAGUCAUCAGUAAAAAGAGAAGAUGGUGAGGAAGACCCAAACGACCAAGAUAAUAAUACUUCAGACACUUUUCCUCCAUCAGCUGCUGAAAAAGAUGGUAAUGUUGAGUCGAGCACUUCACAAGAUACUACUGAAGAAACUUCUCCAACAUCAGGAAAUGGAGGAGAAGGUGCUGAAGAGCAAAACGCUCCUCAAGAAACAGCUGCUCCGCAGGAGGAGGAGGAGGAGGCGGCGGGUGCCGUCUGUAUGAUGCCGUCUCUCGCCCAAAGAGAGCGAGGAAACACCAAGAAGGAGAGCAAACUGGCCAAACGCUCCGGAUACAUCAUCUUCACCUUCCUCAUAUUUUGGAUUCCGCUGAUUGCGACAGUUGUUUUAAAUCACUUCUUUUACCAAAACGACAAUCUAAAAUGUAAUGUCUUGGCACCUGUAUUUAAUGUUUCAGAUGGAGGUUUUUCGGGAGCUGGAGAUUUUAACAGUGUCUUUGGUCUGCAUGACAUCCCUCACCAACCCGAUCAUCUACGCUGCGGUCAACCCUCAGUUCCGCACAGAAUUUCACAAUCUGAAGACCAAAUGGAAAGCGUUUUUCACACGUUCAUAGAGUUGCUGUAUUUACUUGUAGGGACAUCAGAUCUGAGAUCCCAUUAUGCCAAACGCUAGGCCUACAUCUGAUCAGUUUAUUUAUGUUGUGUUGUCGUAUGCUGUUGGCCACAAAUUAAGAUGAUGAUGAAUUAGAUGCUGUCUUAAAUCUUAAGAAAAGCUUAAACUGUUAAUAGAAUGAAACCGAUGUCAUGAAUAAUGUUUGUAAACAGCUGCAUUUGAAAUACAGGGUAUUCCAUUACAUUAUAUUUUGUAAGACAAUGUUAAGCCUUGACCUUUGAAAAAAAAUAAAGAUU